GUGCGUUGGUGGAGAGGGAGAGUUGUCAGCUGUACUGAUGGGAAAUCUCCUUCUAUUAAUUCCGAAAUGUCUGCGUCCAAGAAUAGCCUGUCGGUCCUCGCCCUGCGUGCCCUCGCAAAGCGGAGCCGUUCCCGAGAGACGCACGUUUGAAUGCGCAGCUGUCUCCCAGCGCGCACAUCCCGACCACUUGCACAAACAGCCCAUAACCUGACAACGCGCUGUCAGUUUGUUGCGUGCCGUUAUCAAAGCUGCACAACCGCUCUGUCGUAUAAACAAGCCGACGGUAUUUUAAUGCGGUAAGGUGAGGCAGGUGAGCUGAUGGCUGAGAACACAUUCAGUAGUGGCUGAAUGUACAGGUACAGACUGGAGUUAGUAGAAGGGGGUAAAAAAACAGUCAGUGGGGUGCGUGUUCGUGCGUCAUGUGCUGCAAGAAGAACUGGCCAGAGCGCUGAAUUGAUCAGUGGCUCAUUAUAGCUUAGCUUGCCAGCUGAUCGGAGCUAACUGUUUCGUUCGGCUUGUGUUUCACAAGCUGAUAUCCUGCGAGCCCCCACCCCACAUUCGUUCUCAGCUGCCUCCUCCCCCUCUUUUUUUUUUCCUCCGGGGCGCUUGACGGGGAGUAACGAGGCUAACAGACAGCUCAACAUUGGCAGAAAUAAGGAAUAGAGGGAUCCGAGUGUUCUCACUAACGGAUUGCCUUCGGGGAAGAUGAGCAGAUCCUACGCGGCCCAGAGCCCAGUGCAGGGAAACGAGAGCGGCUAUGGGAACCCGAAGAUGUCGCCGUUGUCCCCUCGCGAUUGAUGCUUCUACUUUCUGUCACUGUGUCCCUUCAUUGGAUUUUAUGACGGCUGGAUUGGUUCUUUUGCACUUAAAAUGUCAGUAAUGGCUCUGGCGAAAAGGAUGACACCUUACCAGUGAGCGCAGGGGGGAAAAAAAUCAAUCGAUACUUGUGAUGAUCUAUUUUUGCAUCCGAAUAAUGUGUCGUAAAGAAGAGGAAAACAGAAUUUAUAUCGGAUAUAACAGAGAUGCAAAUCCACGCGAGUAAACGUGCGCGCGAGGUGACCGAAGGCAGAUUAUAGCUACACUGUGCCAAAUAUUGCGGAUGUUGCGAAAUAAAUAAAUAAUCGUUUUUUUAAAAAAAAAUCAUAUUUCCCCCUGUUUUAAAUAGAUAUUGAUACUGUGAUAAUCAGAAUGCACAGUUAAAACUGAACUAAAAAAAUGUUUUCAUUUCUGUUCACUUGGUUAUCACACAUAGAUCGUAUAGCCUAAAUGAUUGUAGCUAUGAUAAUUACAACCUGAAGGAAAAGCACGGGAGAGUGACCGUUCUGGAAAUUGAGGAUGGAGCCACAGAAAACGAGAGAUUUACUCAAGAAUGACAUGGCCGUGGAAAUAUGUUGAUUUAGGACUCAUAAAAUGAGGUGAUGAUGGACCAUUUUUGUGUGUUGAAGUGGGAAACGAACCUGUGAACUGCAAAAUAUAAGGCACGCUAUUUUGUUCCAUUUUUGUUUGUUUUUUUGUUCGUUUUAUUUUUUCGUUUUCGCCUAAAAUUUCGCCUAACCAUCAGCUCCUGGAGUCUAACGUCACAUAUACACGCCAUGAAGACAAAUGUGUACUCCAGUUAUACACGUAUUAAGUUUUGAAGCAGAUGGGAUGUAAUGUGGUGUGGUCGCGUUGAAUAUUCGCCCCCUUUUUUCCUGCUUCGUGAAGAUUUGGAGUCUAUAGAAUGGCUCGGUUCGGAGAUGAGGUGCCGUCCAGGUAUGGCGGAGGACCGGGACACGCUCAAGGGGGACCCGGCCGCGGCGGCAGCAGGCAGGGUGGCCCGCCGGGUGGUCAACAGAGAAUGUACAAGCAGUCAAUGGCCCAGCGAGCCAGAACUAUGGCCCUGUACAACCCUAUACCGGUGCGGCAAAACUGCUUCACUGUCAACCGAUCUCUGUUCAUCUUCAGUGAGGACAACUUUGUGAGAAAAUACGCCAAAAAGAUCACCGAAUGGCCUCCAUUUGAGUACAUGAUCCUGGCUACCAUCAUCGCUAACUGCAUCGUCCUGGCCCUGGAACAGCAUCUUCCAGAUGGGGACAAGACACCAAUGUCAGAGCGCUUGGAGGACACUGAACCCUAUUUCAUCGGCAUUUUCUGUUUCGAGUCUGGCAUUAAGAUCUUGGCUCUGGGCUUUGCCUUCCACAAGGGCUCUUACCUACGUAAUGGCUGGAAUGUCAUGGACUUUGUAGUGGUGCUUACUGGAAUUCUGUCAACAGUGGGUUCUGACUUUGACCUGAGAACGCUGCGUGCUGUUCGAGUGUUAAGACCUCUCAAACUUGUGUCUGGGAUUCCAAGCUUGCAGGUUGUUCUCAAGUCCAUUAUGAAAGCCAUGAUCCCUCUGCUGCAGAUCGGUCUGCUGCUAUUCUUUGCCAUCCUCAUGUUCGCCAUCAUUGGUCUAGAGUUCUACAUGGGCAAAUUUCACACCACUUGCUUUGACGAAUUCACUGAUGAAAUCCGAGAGGAGUUUCCAUGCGGGCCUGUGACUCCUGCUCGGACCUGUCCUAAUGGAACAGUAUGUAAAAAGUACUGGCUUGGACCUAACUACGGUAUUACCCAGUUUGACAACAUCCUGUUUGCCGUGCUCACGGUCUUCCAGUGCAUCACCAUGGAGGGCUGGACUGACCUGCUAUACUAUAGCAAUGAUGCUUCAGGGAGUGCAUGGAACUGGAUGUACUUCAUCCCCCUCAUCAUCAUCGGCUCCUUCUUCAUGCUCAAUCUUGUGCUGGGUGUGCUGUCAGGAGAGUUUGCCAAAGAAAGGGAGCGAGUGGAGAACAGGAGCGAGUUUCUUAAGCUGAAGCGUCAGCAGCAGAUAGAGAGAGAGCUGAACGGAUAUCUGGAGUGGAUCUGCAAAGCAGAAGAGGUGAUUCUAGCUGACGAGGACAAUGACCCAGAUGACCGACUGCCCUUUGACGGCACAAGGAGGAGACCCACCAUUAAGAAGAGUAAAGCAGAGCUGCUGGAUGCAGAGGAUGGAGAUGGAGAUAUAGGUUCUCCGUUUGCGCGGGGCAGUCUGAAGAGCUCGAAACUGGAGGGCUCUUCCUUCCAUAAAAAGGAGCGUCGACUGAGAUUCUUCAUUAGGCACAUAGUGAAGACGCAAGCAUUCUACUGGAUUGUGCUGUGUCUGGUGGGACUCAACACACUGUGUGUGGCUGUCGUGCACUAUGACCAGCCCGACCUGCUCUCCGACUUCCUCUACUUUGCUGAGUUCAUCUUCCUGGGGAUCUUUAUGUCAGAGAUGUGUAUUAAGAUGUAUGGCCUGGGGACCAGACCUUAUUUUCACUCCUCCUUCAACUGUUUUGACUGCAUCGUCAUUUGUGGCAGCAUUUUCGAGGUGCUCUGGGCUAUGAUCCAGCCAGGAACCUCAUUUGGGAUCAGUGUGUUACGAGCUCUCAGGUUACUGAGGAUCUUCAAAGUGACCAAAUAUUGGGCAUCUCUGAGGAACCUGGUGGUGUCUUUGUUGAACUCCAUGAAGUCCAUCAUCAGUUUACUCUUCCUACUUUUCCUCUUCAUUGUGGUCUUCGCUCUUCUGGGCAUGCAGCUGUUUGGAGGACAGUUUAAUUUUGAAUCCGGCACACCACCAACAAACUUUGAUACUUUUCCUGCAGCAAUAAUGACAGUGUUUCAGAUCCUGACGGGUGAAGACUGGAACAUGGUCAUGUAUGAUGGGAUUGAAUCUCAGGGUGGAGUCAGAACGGGCAUGGUCUUCUCAGUCUUCUUCAUUGUUCUUACACUCUUCGGCAACUAUACUUUGCUCAAUGUGUUCUUGGCCAUCGCUGUGGACAAUCUGGCCAAUGCACAAGAGCUGACCAAGGAUGAACAGGAGGAAGAGCAGGCAGCCAAUCAGAAAAUGGCUCUUCAGACGGCCAAGGAAGUAGCUGAGGUCAGCCCACUGUCUGCAGCCAACCUCUCCAUUGCUGCCAAGGAGCAACAGAAGAACCACAAAGGUUGUAAGUCAGUAUGGGAGCAGCGCACUAGUGAGUUGAGACGACAGACCCUGGUGAACAGCAGAGAGGCUCUUUACAAUGAGUUGGACCCUGAAGAACGCUGGAAGGUCUCGUACUCCCGUCACAUACGUCCCGAUAUGAAGACCCAUCUGGACCGGCCAUUGGUCGUGGACCCUCAGGAGAACCGCAAUAACAAUACCAACAAAACCCGUCCAGGUGACGGCCAGCCCCAGCGCACUCAUCAGCUCCUGCACAAACAGCCCAACUUCAAUGAGGGGGAGAGUGGUGGAGGUGGAGGAUCUGGGCCCUGGCCAGCAUUGGAAAGAGGGGACUCUACAGGCUCACGUCGGAGUCUUUUGGGCUCCGAGAACCAUGGGGAGGGUAGAGAGUCUCACCGCAGACAUCAGCACGGCGAGCGCUGCAGCCAGGCCCGCCAACGUCGUAAAGCCCCAGAGGAGGAUGGAGAGGGCGGAGGGAGGAGACACAGGAGUAAAGGCAGGGAAAGAGGAACUGAGUGUGAGCAUAUAGAUGGAGGAGAGCGUAAACACAGACGUCAUCACCAUGAGGGCGAGGGAAGGAAAGAGAGAGGGGUGCGACACCGCACCAGGAAGGAUGGUCAUGGAAGUGGCCCUACUCUCUCCACAACCCGUCCCAUUCAGAAGACUCUGUCCAGGCAGGACAGUCAGUAUAGUGAGGAUCUGGACAAUGCCAUGAACAACAAGCUUGCCACCCAGCCACCUAGUAGCUCCACCCCACAUGAUAGUCUGCUCAAUCUGGCCAACAGUGCCCACACUGCCAGCCUGGCACAUACUGGCACAGAGAGCAGCCUCAUUCUCACCAACCCUUCCUCUACCAGUACUAACGUUGCUAGCACUGGACAUCUGGGCAUGAAACCCGAGUACACGGCCGUGGACAUUCCCCCUAUGUUCCCCUCCAGUAACGCCAUCCUACAGGUCAAUAAAAAUGCCAACACUGAGCCCCUGCCCAAAAAGGAAGACACAAAGGGUGACGAUGAUGAUGAUGAAAAAGGUGACGGGGGGCCUAAACCCAUGCCACCCUACACCUCAAUGUUCAUUCUGACUACCACCAACCCAUUUCGGAGGUUGUGCCACUAUAUUGUCACGCUCAGAUAUUUUGAGAUGUGUAUUCUGCUGGUCAUUGCGAUGAGCAGUAUUGCCCUGGCCGCUGAAGACCCUGUCUGCCCCGAAUCUCCCCGGAACAAUGUCCUGCGAUACUUUGACUAUGUGUUCACGGGUGUGUUCACCUUUGAGAUGCUCAUUAAGAUGGUGGAUUUAGGUCUUGUCCUGCAUCAAGGCUCAUAUUUCCGUGACCUUUGGAACAUCCUGGACUUUAUUGUGGUUAGUGGUGCCCUGGUGGCGUUCGCCUUCACUGGAAGCAGCAAAGGGAAAGACAUCAGUACUAUCAAGUCUCUACGUGUGCUCCGAGUACUGCGGCCUCUGAAAACCAUCAAGCGUCUGCCCAAGCUGAAGGCUGUCUUUGACUGUGUGGUGAACUCUCUGAAGAAUGUGUUGAACAUCCUCAUUGUCUACAUGCUGUUCAUGUUCAUCUUUGCUGUGGUGGCUGUGCAGCUCUUUAAGGGCCGUUUCUUCUACUGUACUGAUGAAUCCAAGGAGUUUGAGCGGGAUUGCAGGGGCGAGUAUCUUGUCUAUGAAAGAGAUAACGAAGUGAGGGCGCAGAAGCGGGAAUGGAAGAAAUACGAUUUCCACUACGACAACGUGCUCUGGGCCCUUCUCACCCUCUUCACCGUAUCUACGGGAGAGGGGUGGCCGCAGGUGCUGAAACAUUCAGUGGAUGCGACCUACGAGAAUCAGGGCCCGAGCCCAGGUUACCGGAUGGAAAUGUCCAUCUUUUACGUGGUGUACUUUGUGGUCUUCCCCUUCUUCUUCGUCAACAUUUUCGUUGCUCUCAUCAUCAUCACUUUCCAGGAGCAAGGAGACAAAAUGAUGGAGGAAUAUAGCCUGGAAAAGAAUGAGAGAGCUUGUAUAGACUUCGCCAUCAAUGCUAAACCGCUCACACGUCACAUGCCUCAGAACAAGCAAACAUUCCAGUACCGCAUGUGGGAGUUUGUGGUGUCUCCUCCAUUUGAAUACACAAUCAUGGCCUUGAUUGCCCUCAAUACCGUUGUCCUUAUGAUGAAGUAUGAUGGAGCAUCACAAACCUAUGAAGAUGUGUUAGCCAACCUGAACAUAGUGUUCACCUCACUUUUCUCCAUGGAGUGCAUACUGAAGAUCAUUGCCUUUGGAGCGCUGAACUACUUCAAAGACGCCUGGAACAUCUUCGACUGUGUGACUGUACUUGGCAGCAUCACUGAUAUUUUAGUCACAGAGCUAGGGAACAAUUUCAUAAAUCUGAGUUUUCUAAGGCUCUUCAGAGCUGCUCGUCUCAUUAAGUUGCUCAGGCAGGGUGAAACCAUACGCAUCCUGCUCUGGACCUUCGUCCAGUCUUUCAAGGCUCUGCCGUAUGUGUGCCUACUCAUCGCCAUGCUGUUCUUCAUCUACGCCAUCAUUGGCAUGCAGCUGUUUGGGAACAUUUCGCUUGAUGACAAUGGUGAGAGUGCCAUUAACCAGCACAACAACUUCAGGACUUUUUUCCAGGCCCUAAUGCUGCUCUUCAGGAGUGCUACAGGUGAGGCAUGGCAUGAAAUCAUGCUGUCAUGUCUGGGAAAGAAGGUGUGUGAUCGUCUCUCUGGUAACACGGAGGCAGAAUGUGGGAGCGAGUUUGCCUACCUCUACUUUGUCUCCUUCAUCUUCCUCUGUUCCUUUCUGAUGUUGAAUCUUUUCGUGGCUGUGAUCAUGGAUAAUUUUGAGUACCUGACACGUGACUCCUCUAUCCUGGGACCCCAUCAUCUGGACGAGUAUGUGAGGAUCUGGGCAGAGUAUGAUCCAGCUGCUUGCGGGCGCAUUCAUUAUAAGGAUAUGUACAGUUUAUUGCGAGUUAUCGACCCCCCUCUGGGCUUAGGCAAGAAAUGUCCUCAUAGGGUGGCCUGCAAGAGACUGUUGCGGAUGGAUCUGCCAGUUGCCGAUGAUAACACAGUGCACUUUAAUUCUACCCUUAUGGCCUUAAUCCGAACUGCUCUGGACAUCAAGAUCGCCAAGGGUGGGGAAGGAGGUGUGGAUAAACACCAAAUGGAUGCUGAACUAAGGAAGGAGAUGAUGGCGAUAUGGCCUAAUCUCUCUCAGAAGACUCUGGACCUUCUAGUGACGCCACACAAGUCGACAGACCUGACAGUAGGAAAGAUCUACGCUGCCAUGAUGAUCAUGGAGUACUACCGGCAAAGUAAAGCCAAACGGACACAAGCUCUCCAUGAUGAGCAGAAUCGAACGACAUUAAUGUUUCAGCGUCUGGAGCCGCCGUCUCCAAGCCAGGAUGUGGGGCAGGGACUCACUGGCCUUCCUGAAACUCAACCGCACCCAGCAAAUCAUCUGCCUGUUGAUGAAAGGAUACCGGAGAGCCAAUCAUGGGUGACGGCACGGGCCCAAGAGAUGUCUCAGAAAGCAGGCUGGAGUCCUGAAGGCCAACACCCAGAUGACACAGAAGAUAAUCGCAGACAAUCUCAGACAGUAGAGAUGAGAGAGAUGGGGCGGGACGGGUACUCGGACACUGAGCACUAUCUGUCGAUGGAAGGCCAUGGCAGGGCUGCUUCCAUGCCUCGACUCCCAGCAGACAACCAACCAAGGAGGAAAGGACGGCACCGGGGAGAUAAUCUCACUACCAUCACUGAUAACAGUCCUAUGAAGCGCUCGGCUUCAUCUCUGGGACACGGGCGUCCAGGCCGCCCAAUGCGGGGUGAGGACUACGCCAUGGAGAGGGUUAUCCCAGAAGAGGGCCACAGACAUGGGCAUCGCCACCGAGACCGCAGUCACCGCGCGUCAGAGCGGUCCCUGAGCCGCUACACUGAUGCUGACACAGGUCUUGGUACUGAUCUCAGCACCACCACACAGUCAGGAGACCUGCCAUCCAAGAGGGACCGAGGCCGUGCCAAAGACCGCAAGCACCACCAUCAUCACCAUCACCACCACAGUUCUGUAGAUAAGGAGCACUACGGACAUGAGAGAGAACGAGGAGACUACGGCCACAGACAGUCUAGAGAGAGAGACCGCCGCUGGUCCCGCUCACCGAGUGAGGGCAGAGAGUGCCUGACUCACAGACAGGGCAGUAGUUCAGUAAGCGGCAGUCCAGUCCCCUCCACCUCCGGGACCAGCACGCCCCGCCGCGGCCGGCGUCAACUACCCCAAACCCCCGCUACGCCCCGGCCCCAUGUUACCUACUCUCCCGUGGUCCGUAAGCCCAUCGGGGGCACCCCCCCUCCCGGCCAGCAGAACCGACUGCCUGCCCCGACCUCGCGUCGGUUCAGUCCGCCUGGCCCGGAGCCCCCGCUUCCCCCUCACCAUCACCCGUCGCCUCCCCACCACGGCUCUCCCCGCUCCUCACGUCAUGCUCACUGGGGCCCCGACCCUGCGGAGAGUGUGGAGGGCGACGGUUUCUACGAUGACCAAGACUAUGAGUUCAAUCACCAUGAACCUCCAUCCUACGAGCAAAGCCCUGUGCAGGGCAACCCUCACCCACAUUCCCCCAGGACUUCCCGCCACAGCACCCCCCCUCAGGGCCACCCGCGGCGCAUGCCAAAUGGCUAUCGUUCGUCCUCGCCCUCUCCGCACCACCACGCCACCAACCACCCGGGAACGCAUAAGCCUCCUCAUCCCAGAGGGCCCAGGAAGGGCCUCCAUGAACCCUACAGUGAGACUGAUGAGGAUGACUGGUGCUAGCCUCUGGGACGGGGAGGGGCGAGUCCUUCCACUCUUUCUGGAACGGACUGCCACCAAACGGAGUGUAGGCUCACAGUAAAACAAUACUCUCACUGGAUUGGCCGAUCUUUCCAGGGAAACACUUGGCAGUGCGCUGAAUGUCCACAGGGGAAAUCAAGGCAUGAUUCGUUUCUUUCUAUUUCUUGUUUCUUUUCCGAUUCCUCUGCUGCCAAGUGUUUCUCUGAAAGCGACGGACUGCUGACAGUGAAUAUGAAGACUAACGAAUAUGAAAUCCUGUUCUUAGCCUUUUUCUGAAGAAUACAAAAAAAUGUUUUGAUAAGGAGGAGGAAUGUCUGAACAUUUUUUCCCCAGGACAUUUCAUGCAGUCCCUCCGGAAAUGAGACGCUACAAACUCUUUAGCACUCGUUUAAAAAAAUUUCAAAAACGGUGAGGUGGGUCACUUUUUAUUUCACAGAACUUGAAUGGAGAUUCGUUUAUUGCAAAAAUCAGUCCAGAUGCUGGGAAAUAUCGAUGAGUUUUAUCAUCUAUGUUUACUGUUAAUAAUUAUCCCAGUUGAGGGGGAGGCGUUCGCCCGUGCGGGUAAGUUGUGGGUGGCAAAUGGAGAUGGGUGGAGGUGAACUCACCUGAACUAAAAUAGGAAAGUCCACCCUGCACUUCAGCCCCCCGAAUGCAAGAAAGAAGAAUCACACAAAAAAAAAAAAAAAAGGAGAGAAAAAUGAAAAGCUCCUCACUCUUUCUUCUUCUUCGGCUUCGUCUUCUGCUUCUCAUUGGAAACACUGGAGUUUGAAUCUUCUGUUGCACUGCCCAGCUUUGUUUGAACUCCUAGAAAAUAAAUCCUUUGGAAAUCCUGCAUGAUUGAAAAAAAGGAAAAAAAACAAGUUAAAAAUACACAGGGAAACUUUGGAUAAAAAGGGGAAAGGGGGGGAUCAAUUUUUUGGCUCUUUUGUCAUGUCCGUGACGUUCUUUCUCUCUCCCGUCGGCGCCCUCCGUCUCUCUCUCUCUCACGACUCUCUGUGAUCCCUCUCUCCUGAAGGAAAGGGGAGAUGAAGCCAUUGCUAACAUUCAAACUACUAGUAAAUGGGUGAGCAGAAGGAUGUUCGCAAUUUUUUUAUACCAGAUUUGGUGCCAAAUACCACAUACGAUAAAGAUUGUGAAUCAAAAAUAAACGGAUAGCACAAUUAUUUUUAAGCUUGAGACAUUUUAUAACACUUUAUUUACAUUCCUCUAUCACUGUAUAGAUAAUUUGCUCACUUGCACAAAAAUGCAGACAUAGUAGCACAUAAAAUACUCACAAACAUAUAACAGGCAAAGUACAUGUGUGAUUCUUUUCCCUUAAACCGCCGUAAACAUGCUCUUCCAGUCUUCCAGGGUAAAUGCAGAGAGAGAGAGAGAGAGAUGAGGGGAGGCGGGGUGGAGAAGAGAGAGAGAGAACCUCUCCAUCUUUACAUAUGAUUUCAUGUUGAUAAUGACAAUGUGUGUAUAAAGAUGAUCACAUAAAUGAUAAGUGAUGAUGAUGAUGAUGAUAAUGAUGAUGAUGCUUUUAAUUUAAUUUUCUACCUGUUUUUGUAUUUGACUGCUGCUCUUUGUAUUGCCAUACUUGUUUUCAUGUGAGUUUUGUGUAGAUGGUGUGUGGAGCUCUGUGAUAGUGAUCCAUUAUGGGCCAUGACAGAAACCCAUCUGACCUUCAGCCAAUGUCCUCGGUAGCUCGACGACUUGGACUGUUUCUAUGGAAACACUUUCUCAGCCAUAUCAGUGAGCGUUAAUGACAGUUUGAAGCAUGCAUCUGAUCUCAAGUCUCUGUAACUGUGAACACUUUUUAUCAAGAAGGAAAAAAAUGAAAAAGAAAGUAGAGGAAGAGCUGACUAGUUAUCGACCAUAUUGAUAUAAACAGGAUAUAAACGAUAUUAAAAAGAGAGUUUAGAUGUUAGUUAACAAGGAUUAAUUAGGUUGGUGUAAAAUUCUUACAUUUUAUAUUUUUUUAAAAACUUUUUUUCUUUCAUAAUCUUCCUUUUAAAUGCUGAUUCUUAUUUGUUGAAAUUAUUUUUAUAAUUAUCUAUUAUUAAUUAUUUAUUUUCUACCUUUAAACCAGUGGUUUUCAGCCAGAAUUCCAACAAUGACUUCAAAUAUUAAAUUAUUUUAAAUAAAUAUAAAUAAUCACUUGUAAUCAAAUUGUAGUAAAUAUCAAAUAUCAAAAAGUUUGAGAACCACUGCUUUAAACUGACCUAAAAAAAAAAAAAAAAAAAUCCCUAAGACUUUUCGAUGUGUAGGUAAAUGUGAAAAGGUAACUGAGCUCCACUACCUCUACUCGAUCAGCAGAUGGCGCUGUGAUCCACAUUGUUCAGCAGCCAGUGGUUCUGGCUCCAUCAGUCUCACCUUUUUCUGUUCCAUGUUUAUGUCAAUGACCUGUACAUUGAGAGUAGUACUAUGUGUCUGUCACCGAUGGUGCACCGUUCUGUGUUCAGGAAAUGUAACACAGCCAGUCAAACUGCACAGGAACAUGUAACACAGCCAAUCAAAUUGCAUGGGUGAAACAAUGACCGGGCCUUUUCUGCCAAAACUUG